UUAAAUAUUCCGUAUUACGAUAUAGAAAGUGAUAUAGUAGCCAUUCGAGAUAGAGCUCAAAACGAGGAAAAUCGUGCUCAAUUCAGUGAUCAAACAAAUGUCCCUUUAAAAUACCAAGAAUUAACACGUGAAGCUGUUCAAACGAAUCCAAAAGAUCGCCCCAAUUUUACCGAUCUCUUUAUCAGUUUUGAGAAACUUUAUGAACACUACACAAACAGUAUCUCGUCAGAAGGCAUAUCCAGCAUUAAUUUAAACAUUUCACAGCCCGCCGAUAAAAACUCCGAAGAAGAUAUCAGCAAUGCUAAAGCUGUUGAAAAUGCCUUAAGGGAACACUUGUCAGAACAUGGAAACAAAAAACUUGCAUGGAAACUUUUCCAAGAACAUGCAGAUAAUGGAAAUAUGAUUGCAAAAUACUGGGUUGGAUUUUAUUUAUAUCAUAAUUAUUUCACACCAAUGGAUCAAAAAUUAGAAACAGAAUCAAUGAGAAAUGAUCGUUACACGCGUUCUGCGCAACUAUUCAAAGAAGUUUCCGAUUCUCUUUGCUCCCAGAACAGUGCUGCACAGUUUCAAUACGGAAAUUGCCUGUAUAAUGGCGAUGGUGUCGCAAAAGAUAGAAAAUUGGCAUUUAAAUAUUACCUGAAAGCAGCAGAUAAUGGUAAUCCAUUUGCAAUGUUAAAAGUUGCAAACUAUUACAAUAAGGGAAAUAUUCGGUAG